AUGUCUGGCAACAACGAACAACCUAGAUGCCCAGUAGACCACUCCACUAGACAGUCGUGGCUUUCAAAGCUAACAGGGAGUGGGUCCAACAACAAUGAUACGACAAGUGAGCAAGUACGAAAAGAGCUAGUAUCAUCACCACAACAGGUUUGUCCAGUGAACCAUGAUAGUCGAUCUGCAUGGCUAGACAAGGUAUCAGUCAGUGUCACAACGCCCGACUCUGCGGUCGAAAUUCCACAACAAGCCUCAUCAUCCACUAGCACCACCGCUACCGAUACGACAACUUGCGAUUCAUCAACCAUAUCAAACACCUUACAAGACACCACCACCUCCAACAUCAACUUACCCACUGAUCGAGAAAUCAGCUCUAUCCCUCGUACAUCAUCCAACCAAAACUGGAUCUACCCAAGCCAAAAGCAAUUCUUUGAGGCGAUGCAACGCAAAAACUGGAACCCAGACUCUCAAGAUAUGAAAGUCAUUGUCCCCAUUCACAACCUUGUCAAUGAACGUGCUUGGAAACAUAUAACUAUGUGGGAAGGCUCUCACUACCAAGAGGCAAUGAAGCAAUGUGGUGGAAUCACCCUAACUUCAUUCAAGGGUGAUUCCAAAAAGUUAACCCCUAGAGCAUGGAUCAAGCUGAACAUUUGGGGUCAACCCCCUCCCUUUGAUAGACACGAUUGGACUAUUAAUCGAUGUGGCAAGGAGAUUGAGUAUGUCAUUGAUUUUUACAGCGGGGAUGGCGAUUCGGGACAAGUUUGGCUCGAUGUGAGACCAAAAUUGAACACUGUUGAAGGUGUCAAGUUACGUAUAGCCAGAGCAUUUGGAUUCAAUCAAGAGUGA